AUGGUAACAGAGAUGGUAACAGGAGAACGGUACACCAGACACACGAGCACCCGAAAAGUGGGUACCCGUAGCACCAGAGACCCGACACACGCAGACCAGAGCUGUCUCUCUGUACGGAUGUCAGUUCGGAGACUUCCUCCGCUGAAUUCUGCUGCUUCUUCUCCCAAAACCCAAACACGGCUGCACUUCCUUCCGUCACGAUUCACGCGGAGAAAACACCGAGUUGGACCUGGAGCAUCGUCCGAGAUGGAGCAGGGCGAGCCUCCAGGGGGCGCUGUGGAAACACUGGUAUUAAACUCAGACAUCAAAGAAAACAACGGUCCUAUCCAGAGUCCUGGUCCAACCAACGUCCAGACCCAAAACCAGACUGCAGACCUAGUCCAGACUUCAGUUACGUCAUCUUGUCAGUCCACGGUGGUCAGCGUCUCAGCCGUCGACUUGUUUAAGGCCCAAAACUUGAUCGAGAUCCCCUCUGAGACUCCAGGGCCCAGUUCAGUAAGGGUCCUGACCCAAGAACCCAAUCCAGAGCAGAGGCCUGACCAGGAACCGGAGCAAAAACUAGAGCAGAAACUGGGUGAAAGACUGGAACAGGAACCCAACCAGAAACCAUCUCUGGUCCAGAAUAACAGAGACAUGAGUCCUGAUUCUCUCCAGAUCAAACCUUCCUCAGACCAGAGUCCGGUCCAGACUCCCUCUCAGUCCAUUGUGGUCCGUGUUUCGGCCAUGGCCCUUUUUCAGGCUCUGGCCAAAAACCCGGGUCAGAACCAGAUUCGGCCAAGGAUCCUCACACCAACCAAAGUCCAAGCUCCGGUCUCUGUUCCGGUUCUGGACUCACAGCUGCAAACCAAGAACCGAGACCAGCACCCAGACCAAGAGUCUGACCAGGAUCCAGAUCUCAUCCCAAUCCCACUGCCUCCUGAAGCAGUGCGCCCGCUCAGCCCAUCUCCCAUCAUCACGCCCCUAAAGCCGUCGGUGCCUCCUCGAGGAUUCAGACUGAACGGAAGACUCAUCCCCCUGCUGCCCGGAAUGGACGGUGUGGUAGUCUUUCUUCGCUCUCGUCCCCGUGGUUCUCAGUCUGGUCUGACGUCGCUUUGCGUAAUGGACGCCCCACCCACCAGGAAGAGGCGUGUCCCCCGCAUUAACAGCAUGCAAGCCCCGCCCCCCAAGAGAAGAAAUCCUCCCCCUAGCAAAAAAGUUCGACCCCCCAGGAAAAGAAAAGCCUCAAAGUCCGUACCCGGCACAGGAGCGAUGGUAACUCCGCCCCCUGUUCCUUUUGUACCUCUGAAACCCCGCCCACAGGAGUGCAAAGUCCCCACGCUGCUUCAGAAAGCCCUAGGUCACAACAGAAGUCUUCUCAGAGGACUUAACAAAACCAUUGAAAUCACCAACACAGACGUGUUGGUUCAACCUCCUCCAGACUGCUAUCGAUGUCAUAGCCACUUUAGACCUGCACCCGAGCUGCGAGGGUUCGUCUGUUUGUGCAGUCAGGACCUGUCUGAGGGACUCGCGUCUCUGCGGCUGAAGAGGAAAGAGGACAGACUCAGGAUCAAACUCAAGAAACUCAACGUUCUGAACCAGAGACUGAGAGCCACCAGACCUGAGGGGUACAGCCCUGCAGCCAGUAAAAGCCCUUCCUCUUUGCUGAAGCCACUGGGAAAUUCAAUUCACUUUCUGUCUAAGCCCCGCCCCCCUGUGAGCCCAGGUGUCAUGAGGCCCCACCUCCCUGCUAGCCCAGCAAUGACAAGGCCUCGCCCGUCUGUUAGCCCAGCAACAACAAGGCCUCGUCCGUCUGUUAGCCCAGCAACAAGGCCUCGUCCGUCUGUUAGCCCAGCAACAACAAGGCCUCGUCCGUCUGUUAGCCCAGCAACAACAAGGCCUCGCCCGUCUGUUAGCCCAGCAACAACAAGGCCUCGCCCCUUUGUUGGCCCAGGUGUGCUUAGGCCCCUCCCCCCUCAACAGGGGAGCUCAGCCGGCCCCUCCGGGGGCAGUAUUGUGGGCGAAGCUUCGGGCCUUUCAGUGGGCGGGGCUACAGGGCGCCUGGUCAUUCGAUUGGAGGAUUUUUAUUACGGGAGCUCGGAGGGAUACGUGGGAGAACAGAAGCGACUCGUCAUGAGGCACAAGUGUUUGAACUGCCCGAAGCAUCUUCGUGGCAAUAUCAGACUGAUGCAUCACAUGAUCGACCAUGUGAGCGACCUUCAAGAACUGAUGUGUCCGUACUGUUUACGGCAGAUUGUGCCCCUUGCUAACUUGGAGCGCCACUUGCAGGCUGUGCAUGGUCCCAACAGCAGCCACUCUACAGUGGUUUGUCAGAUCUGUGAACGAGUCUUCGAGACGGAGAUCGCUCUGCUGCUGCAUAUGAAGAGUACACACAAGCCUGGGGAGAUGCCCUACUGCUGCGAGUUGUGUGGGUUCCGCUCCUCUUUCUUCUCUCUCCUCUGGACACACUUUGAGGAGGUUCACUCCAAUACUCUGAACUUCCUUUGUCACUUCUGUCUGAGAGUGAUGAAGAACCACUGUGCUUAUCAGGCCCAUGUGGCCCGCCACCAGAAGAAUCAGAUCUACAACUGUUACCGAUGCAGACUCCAUUUCCUGACGGCCAAAGAUCGACAAGAUCAUCUGGAACUUCUGCACGGGACUCGUGUGAAACCAGACCAGCUGAGCGGACUGAGACCAGGAACUGUGGUCACUGUGAGGACCUUUCAAGAGGUUUCUCCUGAAGCUCCUCUGAUCCUGGAGGAGGAGCAGAGGAGGAGUACUACAGUGAUGAAAAGGAGGGGGAAGACCUGUAAGAAGGAAGCUGUGGAAAGUCUGGGAAAACUGCUGGAUCAUCUCCAGAGUUCUUCUGGAUCCUGUGUUGAAUGCCUGACUCCAGUACAGAACUUCCAGAAUCACUUCCCGGCAUUGGUGCGAUGUUCAAGAUGUGUUUUUCAAACGUGCUGCUCCAGAGCCUACGCCAACCACAUGAUCAAUAACCAUUCCAGCGUAAACCGAAAGCUGCUCUACCCCUGUGUCUUCACUUCCUGUCCCAGGUCUGGGGGCCUGCUGGAGUGUGUAACUGAGCGAGGAGCUGAGCACAGGAGUUUGCAGUUGAGGACAGGAGACAACGAGCUGAAAAAAGACGACGUUUGUGGAUGCUUCUCGGGUUGCGUCGCCGCCGGAAGCCAUCGGUGUGGGCCUUAA